AUGAGUCAUGCUGGUGCUUCAAGAAUGAAAAGUACAGUCGAGCGAUCACAAACUACUCAAGAGAUACCUAAGUUUAGACAUCGCGCUGCAAAAUCUGCAUUUUUCACGCAAAAUGAUCUUCAUCGAUGUUUGUACGGGCGAAAUCAAGUCAUGCUUGUGAGCAAAGACGAAUUAAUAUAUUCUCUUCUACAUGAAGAAGAGGUCAAAAGUUAUUGUAAGUUCUUGGUUUCAAGUUUAGUAAGUAGACAUUUUAAGGAGAGACAAUCUCCUCAAUUUGCAAAUUUCUUGUUCAGAAUUUCUCAAAAAAUCAUAGCUUGUCAAAUGUAGUAAUAUAGGCCUUUCGUUAUGCAAGCCAUUGCAUAACUAUUUCCUUAUCAGUGGUUCGCUUCGCACAAUCUGUUAUCAGAAAUGAUGCAUUUCGAUACAGUCAAACUAGGUCGUGACAAAGUACAAUGCGUUGAACAACGUUUGCUGUAAACAGGAAAAUGCCGACUUAUAGGCUUUUUCGUCUUCUAUGUCCAAAUUUCUCUAUCCUUAGGUCCUAGCUUAACCACCUCCAGAACUUAUAUAAGCGGCUGAAAGGUACUCUCUUGACGAUAUGAGGAGCACCAAAACUAAGUAAAAAACCUCCCAUUUAAUGUAGAAGGGAACUACAUGACUUGACUAAAGCUAUAAACAAGUAAGCUAGAAAUAUAAUUCAUUUGGACACUCUUUGCAAAAAUCCCGUGCCAGAAUGUGAAGGCAAACCUCCUGUGGGUGGACUACAACAGUGGAAAGAGAAGUAGACUAACUCAAAAGAACGGAAUUUCGCGACAGUUUGUAUGUGAUCAAGUUGAAAUGAUUCCACAGGAAGGGUAAAACCAACUCCUCCUCCUGACUGGCAGUAACAGUUAUUUUAACGCCAGAUUUGGAGGAGCGAAUAUGGAGUAUUCAUAUGGAGGAAACAACUCCCCUACAACGGAUUAUUCUGAGGCUUAAUUUUGGAGUUAAAACAACUCCCUGUCAUUAUGCAGUACGAGGUGGUCUCAACUUAUGAGUUUGUGGGAAAAAUUCUAUCGAAAGCUACAAGGUCGUACCUUUAAUCUAAAACGUUUGUUAUGGCGGGAAGUUGUAACGUUUGAGUCUGAACAUGCUUCAUUAAUAUCCUUGAAAGAGGUUAAGUAGGAUUUUUCCCUUGGUAAAACUUUAAAUUGAAAACAUGAGAAGCACAUCCAGUGAAAUGUCAGGUUAGUUUACCUGGCACCACAAUUGUCUUGUUCAAAAGGUUGAUAAGGAAAACUCCACCUGCGAUUUAUUACUAUCCACUGAAUAUCACAAUUCUUGUUUUCCGUAACACCAGUCCACUGGAUAGUGAUUAAUCCGGUGGAUAGCGUUAUCCAACUUCUGAACAACUGGGGCCUGGUGCUACAAUGAACUUUUGUUUCUCAAGGCGAGGUUUUUUAUAUUCGCGUCGCGAAGAGAUUUUUUAAUCGGCCGAAAUUGCUUAGUCAAGGGAAGAAAAAUAACGUGUUUCUUGCAUUUAAAAUUUUGUGUUAAUUGACAACUGAAGUACUACAGUAAAAUAUUUCGAAGGAUCGGAGAUGGAAAUUAUUUCCUCCUUAUGGUUAGGGGCGCGUUAGCUCCGGCACAGGCUAGGUCUACCUUUUUUAGACACCCUAUUUUUGACACCCAAAGCAUUUUUGGCUAAAUGAUAAACAAACCUUUUGUCUUGUCUUAGGGUGUAAAGCUUGUAAACAAGAACGAUUAGAGCAGUGUAAAAUCCACGGACCCCACCAAACCCUCAGGGUGACAACAAAAGUAAACAACAACAACAUUAAUGUAAAUAACAACAACUUACAGUGGACAAAUGCUGUGCAGUCGUUUCCAAACGAGGUUGGCCUGUGCAGGUCUGGUAUCCCUGGGGCCGGUUAUGGAGUAUGCGCCAGACAGCUAAUUCCUCUGGGGACCUGGAUUGGACCUUAUGAAGGAGAAGUCCUAAGACCAGAACAGGUGCCACUUGGGACAGAUGCGUCGUACAUGUGGGAGGUAUUUUCGUCUCUACUUUGACUUCUUUGUUAGUUGGUCAGUCAUGAAUUUAUUGCUUUCUACAGCUAAAGGGAAGGUUGCAGAAGACAGUUUAAAUUAAAGGCGCACAUAAGUCUUAGUGAUAAUUAAAUGCCGCUACUAAUUUUACAAUCAAAGCCGUUACAACAUUGUAAAAUUAAGAUGGUAGGAAAAAGCAACCAGGCUCUGAUUCUGCGAGAUCCUUUUGCCAACAGACUCUUGAAAAGGCUUUCAGUUCAGGGACCCACCCUGUUCCAGACUUUAAAUAGUGAAAUUGUACUAUACCCUUUUUAAGAUUCAAAACCCGAAAACAAUACUCUGUUCCGCAACAAUAUUUUGGUCAACACCCACUCUCAUCAUUGCUUUGAGAUGGCGAGGUCUUAAGAAACCUUUAAUCUUGAAGAAUUGAAACUUUGUCACAAAAUCGACACAACACUUCUUUUGUUCUCGAAAUGAAGGCAACGUUGAAACCGAUUAACGCGUCAUUUCAACUGUCAGCUUUGUUGUCGUAUUGUUAGCUGAUGAUAAACUUGAUAUUUGUUGUUGAGAAAAUGUGGCAAAGUUGAACCCGGCAUCGUCACAAUAUCUCGCAAAAUAUAAUUUUUCAACAUAACGUUGUAAGAAUGUGAAGACAAUAAAGCAAACCGAACAUUAUGUUAUGUUUGCCUGAACACUGUUGUCAUUACGGUCCGUCAAAUAUGACCAUUGUAGAAUAUGCCUGUGGACACUUACUGAAACCUGGCCCCAGUAGUUCAAAAGGUGGAAGGCACUAUCCGAUGGAUAAAUCUCCAUCCAGUGGACAACGCAAUCGGUUUCCCUAAUACUUAUCCACUGGAUAGUGAUUUAUCCAGUGAAUAGCGCUAUCCAGCUUUUGAACAACUGGGGCCUGGUCAAUAAUUUUCGCGGAGUUCAAGUUUUUUGAAACAAUCUUCCUGCCAAGUCAAGAAAUUUUCUCGGAAAAGUGUCUCCUACAUUUUCGCAAAAUUAAGUGCCUACAUAAAGAUGACAAGGUAAGGUUAAAAGUCUUAAAUUAAAGUCGUUUUUGUUCAGAUAUAUCACGAAGGAAAGUUGCUUUACUACAUUGACGGACAAGAUGAGAACAAAUCAAGUUGGAUGAGAUUUAUCCGCUGCGCACGUUAUGGUGGCGAGCAGAACAUGUUUGCUUUUCAGUACAGCGGAAAUAUUUACUACCGAGCGUUCAAAGACAUCCCUGCCGGGACAGAGCUCUUGGUGUGGUAUGACGACAACUAUCCACAGUAUAUGGGAAUUCCCCUAGAAAUACGCGAAACCUGUAAAGGGGCUACUUCUGGUGAGUAAGAUAUCUAGUGAGAAAUAUCUUGAAGCCUUUGAGCACCUUCAAAACUGAAGCUUUAUUAAAACAUUCUAUCUUAGAGCUUACCAUGGACAGAUACCAGGUAUAUAGUGAUAGCGUUUGAAUGUACAAACCAGGACCCUCCUAGGACUCCCACGGACUCACCUUAGGGUGGGGGCCUUGUACGGAGCUUUCCCCCAAGGGGUGAGAGGUUAUACAAGAUCCUAGCCAUCUUCUGAUCUUGAUGGACACAUAUUUUUAACCUGAAAAUUUGACAUGAGAGUUAAAACCCUUCCGUUUUCAGGCAAACUGGACAGACACUAUUUAGUCUUACUCUUAUCUACCAUUGUUGUGUAGUGAUAGACAGGGGGUCAUUUAAACGGGGGGGGGGAGUAGAGAAACACGUCAUCAUUCUUUCCGGGGACCUCUGAGUCCUAUCUUUGUACAAUGGUUUUGAACACUUUUCUUAAAAGACACCUCUAUAUAGAAAGGAGACCCGCUAAAAUGAACAGUAAUUUUGGUCCCUACCUCUCAAUUUUCGUGAGAUGUCUCAUGGCCCUCUGUAAAGAGGACCCCUCUCUUUGUACUCUACACUCGAUUGUGUCCCAUUUGCUCCGUUUCGUUCUGUUAGGCGCCACUUUGAAGCGUAAUCGUAGCAGGGAUCUAUGGGUACGAAAGAAGCUGACAGUGGUCACAGUGCUUGAAACUAACAAUGACGGAAAACGUAUUCACACGGGGCCCCACUGCCACUUUGGCACUCGAGUACAACGUCUCCACUUUGUACUGGGGCACCGGCACCUUUCCCGAAUUCUCUGGUGGGUACUUUAAAAAAGUUUGUUCACACUAGUCCCUAGCAAAAAUCGUACUCAGGCACCGUGUUUGGGAGCCAAGCGUGAACAUAACCUUGGAGAGAAAUGACUAGUGAACUAACCGUUCAUAUCAAACCUCUUUAAGAGUAAUUUCAAGCAUAUUUCAUUUUGAAGUAUUUCACAAAACGAAAGUUGCUAUAUUUUUGAACUUGGAUUUUCGCGUUAAUAUUCAAUUUCCAAGGUAAAAGCGCGUAACUUCGGAUAAUCGUCGUGUAACGUGUCUUAUUAUACGGCUAUCAAAUGGCUAGUUCCGCUAGCCAGUAAUUUUGGGUAUUGAGUUAAUCCUCUGAUUAAUCCAGUAUAAAAUACUGACUUCAGUUACGUAAUAUUUCUUUCAGGAUUAAAACAACAUUCUGAGAUGGUCAUUGCAGUUCCACGAGAAAAUUAUCAGCCAGGGUCACCAUACGGCUAUUCAACUUCCCCAAGACUCGUGACCGACAAUUCCCAGCAAGUCUUCCACUCAUCACAUGUACGGUCAGCGACAUCUACUACCAGAGCAAGCACCCUAUCACGUGUCAGGCGCCGCUCUAAUCGGAGAGAUAGGUCAGGAAGCGAGAGUUUACCUACAGCAGAUGGUUAUAGUCAAGCACAUCAAGGAUCAAGAACAUACGAAGACUCAGGCGCGUCCUCAAGGCUAAAUGCUCAAAAAAGGGUAGAAUACGCUUUAGAAGAGACCAAUCUCUUACCCGAAAACCCAGUUGUUUCUGUAGGAACUACGAGUGGUGUUGCGCAACACACGAAAACCAAUGGUCAUCAUGACGUUAGAGGUUAUCGUGGUAGCCUUGCUGAUGAUUCCAACGUGACUAAUCCAGCAGCGAAGGAUGGCCAGGUCAGGUCAGCGGAUGAAGAUGAAAACAGCUCAGAUGGUUCAGAUGCCAGUCUUUUUAACUGUGGACAGUGCGGAAAAACAUUUGCCCAGCGGUCAGUAUUGCAGAUCCAUGUCUGUCCCAACAUGCCUCAGAAGCCCUAUCAUUGUGGUCAUUGUUCCCAGUCCUUUGAUCAACCAAAUGAUCUUCGCAUGCACGCUGUCAUUCACGCCGGCGAGAAGCCAUUUAAGUGCGGCUACUGUUCUCGAUCUUUCGCUGGGGCGACAACGCUGCACAACCACGUGCGCACGCACACUGGUGAAAAACCGUUUAUAUGCGAAAGGUGCGGAAAGACUUUUACCCAGGCCUCGCAGCUACACAGGCACGCGGGAUUACCAGGAGAUUGUAUUCCAUAUGACAGUUCGCACGCUUAAAGCUUUUUAGGACUUUAGUUUAAAAAAAGAAAGGGCAAAGAAUAAUACAUUGCGAGGAC